UCAUAUCAAUAGAAUUACAGAAAGAUUGAGAAAUCGAUAUGAACUCAUUCUUUCAUAUUCUUAAAAAGCAACGUUACAAAAUCAUAACGCACACGAAAUCUGAAAAAAAAAGCUUUUACACAAAAGUAACUUCAAAAAGGCGUGGUGGUCGACUCUAUUGUUUUCAUCAAACUACUUCCGGUUAGCCGUCUUCUGGUUCCGGUGUUCCCCAGUGGUCGUCCAGAUCGUCGGUCCACGUGUGGAUUUCCUUCUGAUUUUAACCAAUUGUUGCCUCAACAACCGGACCAAAUGUCGUCGACUUUUGAGCAGAUGAGGGCGAAUGUUGGGAAACUCCUGCGAGGAAUUGACCGAUACAACCCUGAAAACCUGGCGACACUGGAGCGGUAUGUGGAGACACAGGCUCGAGAGAAUGCCUACGACCUGGAGGCAAACCUUGCUGUCCUUAAACUGUAUCAGUUUAACCCGGCCUACUUCCAGACCCAUGUGACGUCACAGGUCCUGCUGAAGGCUCUGACCAACCUCCCUCACACAGACUUCACGCUGUGCAAGUGCAUGAUUGACCAGACACACCAGCAAGAGGAACGACCGAUCAGACAGAUCCUGUACCUGGGGAACCUGCUGGAGACCUGUCACUUCCAAAGCUUCUGGACGACUCUGGAGGAGAACCGUGAGCUUAUAGAUGGCAUCACCGGUUUUGAGGAUUCUGUCCGCAAGUUCAUCUGUCACGUGGUGGGCAUCACCUACCAGACCAUUGAGCACCGGCUGCUGGCUGAGAUGCUGGGAGACCCGCUAGACACCCAGGUGAAGGUGUGGAUGAACAAGUACGGCUGGACGGAGAAUGAAGAGGGUCAGAUUUUUAUCUUCAACCAGGAGGAGAGUGUCAAACCCAAGAACAUCGUAGAGAAGAUCGACUUUGAGAGUGUUUCCAGCAUCAUGGCCACAUCCCAGUAACAGACUCAAACCUCCUGCUGCAACAGUCAUUUUGGUUCCAUCAUCACGUUUUUCACAAUUAAAAAUAAUUUAUCAAAAACAA